GAUAAUCAAGAGAUAACUUGUCAUAACACUAACGGCACGACAUCGACAAGUGGUGUUCAAUGCGAAGAAUGCGAUGAGAGUAGACCUCGAGGUCGGCGGUCAGCUUAUUCUUACUUUGUGAGCGAAUGCGCCGACAGUGAGUCCAAUCGGUUGUGUCUGUCGGCCGACGAUCGGCUCAUAUUUGCCGAGUUUGCAAAGAAAUGUGCCCACAAUUGGAAGAAGUUGUCCGAAGAGCAGAAGCAAUACUAUCACCAAUUGUCUGAAACCGACAAAAAGCGUUACGACAGCGAAAUGAAGAGAUAUCGUAAACAGAGAUCCAAACAAUCGAAAAGUAUCUGCAAAAAGAAAGUGAUCGAAGAUAUAAGUGAAGACAAUCUGUUGAAUAUGGCUUUCGAUCUGUUCGCUGGCGAAGAGAUGCCUGUAGUCAGAGGCCAGAGACCGUCGAUUACUGAUAAUAAUGAAGAGAUUUUGAGCGAAUUAUUGGUUCGUUGGGAUAAAAGUGAAGCCCAUUUCAAGAAUCACUAUUUAGAUCGCAUAAGACAAGAGUCGGCCGCGUUUAACAUGAGCUUCAACACCAGUAUUAAAGAUGAGGACGACUUAAGUGUUGACGGAUUAGCCGUUGAUAACACUUGCGGUUCGGAUCCGGAGCCAGAGGUUGGCGAUUAUGACUCCGAUUGUGUUCAUUCAAAGUCAUCCAAAGUCUAA